AUGGGUAGUGGACUGUCUAACAAUCAAAUGAAUAACUUUAGGUAUGGUGUUAUUUUAGAAUUAGAAUGCUUUCUCUAUUUUAAGAGAAGUCUUUGGAAAAUGAUAAAGUAAAACCUGACCAAAGUGAAUGUAACAAUAAAUUAGAGGAUACGACAAUGGUUUCACCUAAGAAUAAACUCAAAUUUUAAACCAAUCUUAUUGAAUUGAUUCGUAAUAAACCAAGAAAAGUUGAUGCAACUCCAAUGCGUGAUAGUGGAGUUAUUUCGAAAUCCCCUAGUAUAAAUAAACCAUUUAUUGAAUAUGCUCAUACAAAUCUCAUACAUUUUAUUAGAUCAUCUUAAAAGAUGGAAGUCAAUAUAUAAAUUAUAUAUAGAAAGCUGAACUUUCAAUGGAAAAAUAUCUCAAUAUUAAGGAAUCUUAAAUAUUGGGUUCCCAAAGACUUAAGCCUCGAAAAUCCUUAGCUGUUUAACACACACUCGAUGUUGUUUAGACAUCUCGUUUAGAAAAAAGUAUAAAUGUUGAAGGAAUGGCAUAAAUUAAUUAAUAUACAGUAAUUGAAUCCUUGGGACAGGGAGCAUUUGGAAAAGUUAAAAAGGCUUAGAAUUUUAAAGGAGAAUAAUUUGUAUUGAUAUCUGCUAUAUCAUUAGGCAAUUAAGAUUGCAAACAAAAAAAAACUAAAAAAGAAACUUUUAUCUAAAUCAAAUGCUUAUACAAUGUUGGAAAGAGAAAUUGCUAUUAUGAAAAAAGUAGAAAUUAUUUUAAUAUUCAUCAAAGAUCUCACAUACUAAUGUAGUCCAAUUACAUGAGGUCAUUGAUGAUCCUAAAUAAGAUAAGUUGUACUUAGUUAUGGAAUACAUGGGAAAGGGUAGCAUACUCAGCAAGGGGUUUUUUAAAAAGAAUAAAGAGACAUCUAAUAUUUUGGAUGAAAUUGAAGAUAAAAAUAUAAAUUAAAGAUUGACUGAAGAACAAUGUAGACAUUAUUUUAGUGAUUUCAUUAAAGGAUUAGAUUAUUGUAUUUAAAAUUAAAUUUACUUAAGUACAUGAAUGUGUUAAUGUUAUACAUAGAGACAUCAAACCUGAUAAUUUAUUAGUCAAUAUUUAAGAUUAAUUGAAAAUAGCUGAUUUUGGAGUUUCACAUAUCAUGGAAGACGGAUAAGAUGGAAGAAUCUCCAAUUAAACUGGAACUCAAGCCUAUUUGGCACCAGAAGUAUUUAAAGGUAUUUUUAUAAUAAAAUCUUAAUUCAAGGAUAGAAUUUCGAUGGAAAACCUGUUGAUAUUUGGGCAGGAGGAGUUACUUUAUAUUAGAUGGUUUAUGGUAGAUUACCCUUUCCAAGUUAAAAGUCUAUGGAACUCAGAUAAUAAAUAUUAGAAGACAAGUAAACUACAAUGUUAUAAAAUCAAGUCCUCCCUUCCCUUAACCAAUUGGGUUUCAUUCAUCAAUCCUUAAAUUACUGAAAGGAAUGCUAGAAAAAAAUGUUGAAAAGAGAUAUAAAAUAGAUUAGAUAAUUUUAGACGAUUGGUUAACUGAUUUUGGUAAAUAACCAUUACAAAAUCAAUAUAUUCAAUAUGUUGAUGUUACUGAAAUGGAUAUUAAAUUCGCUUUAACUAGUCUAAAUAUAUAGAUGGCUCUAAAAAUUGUUGUUAAACUAUUGUAUUUAUCAAAAAAAGCCAAAAAAGCAAUUGCUUUGAAAAAAUAAUAAUAGAAGAUUUGA